AUAAAAUGCAUGGACUUCUUUGUUUGCAGGAUUGAUCUACAGACCAUAUUGAAAGAAAUGGUCAGCAAAGUUGAUGGAAGAUUCUGUCCAACAAGCAACCAAAUAAAUGUGUGCAGGGAUAAUGUUUUACUGUGUAGCCUGCGGGCAUUCAAGCGUAGGUUCUUCAACCCUGAAGCAAAACUGGAUGUUGUGUUUGUGGAUGAAGAUGACAAUGGUGAAGGUGUAGUUGACGAAGGCGGCCCGACAAGAGUACCUAAGGCUGUUGAUGAGGGACGUCCACCAGUCAAAUAUCUUUGAGGGACACGAGAAAGACCGGCAGUUGUCUCUUGAUACUCAAGCUUUGCAGACUAAACUUUACAUGUGGGUGGCAAAAAUGAUUGCUGUGUGUGUGGUCCAUGGAGGAGUCGGUCCACAUUUCUUCUCCGAAAGGCUUUUCCAUCAAAUCUGUGGGAUACCAACACCCACGGCCACGGUGGAUGAAGUUGGUGACCAUACUUUCAGGGAACAGUUAAUAAAAAUACAGGAAGCAACAACAGUCCGAGAGGCGAACAGUGCAAUUGCAGAGGCAGCAGAUAGUCUCAGCAUUAUAGGUGCCUUAAGACAUGUGUCCAGCCUGGAGGAGAAGGACUCCCUUGUCCAGUCAGCUGCAGACUUCUUCGUCAAUGGAAAAUUGGCGACUGCCCUGGACCAGUUUGUUGAGGGGUUAAAAACCCUUGGUUUACUGGAGGAGCUGAGGAAGAAUCCGGCAGUGUUCUACAACAUGUUUGUCAGUGAGGAGAUUCCACUACAGGCGAAGGACCUAUGCACUUUAUUUGACGUGGACUUCUCUGUGCAAGGCAGCAACAGGAGAGACCGAGAAAACAUGACAAUAUGCUUUUGGCGUGACUGGUUAAUUGAUAUUGAAGAAGGAGAAUGCAGUCCAGUCACCCUAGAGAAGGUAUUGGAGUUUACAUCUGGAGCUUCAACAGUGCCUCCACUGGGAUUUCCACACCGUCCACAAAUUCAGUUCCUUCAUGAGGGCAACAGAAUAUUCCCAGAAGCAAAUACUUGUAUUCUUGUACUCCGCCUGCCACUGCACUCUUCCUAUGAAGCCUUCAAACAAUACAUGAUGGAGGGAAUUUUGCAAGCUCCAACCUUUGGACUUGCAUGAUGUCACUGUAUGUAAAACUUAUUAAUGGAAAUUCAGUUUUCACUUGAGCUAUAUUUGUGCUUGGAAGUUAUUGAACAGAAUGCUGUUGAAGCAAGUCACUGGUUCAGAUGUUAAUUUUAGAAUCUCAUGCACUUUAAAAAAAAAUAAUAAUUAGAUGCAGUAAUCCUGUUUAUUUUGCAUGAGUAACAGUUCACUUCAGUUGAUUGGCAGUUAUUCAAUAUUGAGCUUUUCAGCUAAC